ACGUAAGUGAUGUAAUGGAACCUAAGCAUAAUAUCGAAAUUGGCUGCUCAUUUUGAGUCUUUGGCUCUCAGGCUGUAACUGCAAUAUUCACAGACAAUACAAAUUAUUUUGAAGGCUCCCCUCUUCCACAUAAUUACUGGGCUGAAGGUAGUUUCCAAGUUUGGAAAUUCCAGAUUUUAUCACUUCAGAUGGAAAACUUCGAUCUCAAUGUUCACCUCAUCCAGCCAUUGCACUCUGUUUGCAAAGCAGGUGCACUUUAAAAUCUUCAUUGUUUUUCUCUGUGCUGUUUUCUGCAGUUUUUGAUAUCUUGGACAUUUAGUCAGUGUUUAGUACAUAUCCCUUUAGGAUUUAGUUUCAUUGGCCUCACAUUUCAGUAUGAGCUAAUUUUUGCAAAUUCCAGAUGCAAAUCAUUCUGAUAAAAAUACCAAAUACAAUCAUUUACUUAAAGAAAUGUUGGAUUCUGUUAAAUGGAGAGGGAGAAAAAAGGACAGAAGGAAAGGAAAGCUGGUAACAUUGAGUCAACCAAACAGCCAAAAGAAGACACAAAAUGUUUUUGAUAUUUUGUGACAGGGAAAAGUUUGCAUUCCAGCUAUGAAUAGACUUUUCAUGAGGCCAUGAAAAGGUUGGAAGAGUCUUUGCAUGAUCCUGUGCACAUGAUGAUUCAGGAGUCCUCAAGAAAUCCUGGCCCAACUUCUGCAGCCCUUUGAGUAUCUCUACACUGUAUUAGUUCUUACUACAUAUUCCAGAACUCUUCCAUUGGAAGAGUGGGUGUUGUGACAGCUAUUUCUACAAAUGCUUUAAUGGAACAGUUGUGUUUAAAAUACCAACAAAGGCCGUGGACUGAAACGCUGAGACUUGUUUAUUUUUGCAUGGAUAACCCACUGCGAAGGCCUGUCAGCCAUGCUCCAGACAGUCCAUUGCUUUCUUGCAUGGAGAAGAUAGAGAGGACAUUACAUGCUAAAUCCAUGUUUUCUGUGAUGAAUGCAUUGGAAUCUUUAUCCAGACAAAAAGGACUUAAUGUUCAUGUUAGUCCCAGUGGGACUGCCUGCUACAUAACAUCAAUGAUGUUUUAUUUAGAAGUUCAGCUGGAGAAGGAUGGAAGUCUGAUGGACGUAAAGUUGGCUCACUUUGGAGAAGCUCCUGUGGUUUGUGAUGACUUGGUGCAGCUUCUAAGGAUGAAGAACUAUGAUGCCUUUGGAAAGAUUUUAGAAGACCUGUCAAAUAUGUAUCAAAUUCCAGGAAACAGUGAAAUGAAAGCUAAGGGGUAUCUUGCUUUGCAGGCCCUUGAAAAAGACCUUUAUUCAAUGUCUCUUCUGGGCAGAACACAGGAUGUAAACAGAGUUACUGAAAUACUUCAUGGAAAAGUAGGACACCUGGUGCCAAGAACUGGAGGAACUCCUAUGAACAUUGAAUUUUACAUUUCUCCCUAUCAAAUUUUGGAAGCAGAACUAAAUCCUGGUUCCCAGGUUUGUGGAACAAAAACAGUUGUAACUAUUGAAGGCACUGAUAUGCUCCACAAACUUCCUCUUUCUCCACUGAUUGUAGAUCCUCAAUCUGGAGAGGACAGCAACCCUGCUUUUUUGCAACUGACUGAUGAACUCAGCAUGGAUUUGCCAGCUCUUUUUGUGCUGAAGUUUCAUCAGCCUGUUCCUAUGUCCUCAUCCAGUAUUGAAGAUAUACACAGGCUCACAGGAAUUCAGAUUUCUGGCUUGAAACUAGCUCCACUGUAUGAGCUAAUUGCUUGGUCUGCUCUAAAAGAAAAAUGCAGGGAAGACUUGUCUGCAAAUGAAUCUUGUUUCUUUGUGUCUCUUCCAGAUUGCCCAAAGCACUGUUACUUCAUAAACAAAGGCUCAGAAAAAUCAGAUUUAGCAGGAGCCUUGGUCAGUAAAAUCCCAUUUAGCCAUCCAAAGUGUGUGCCUGGCGUAAUAGAGAUUCUUCGACAUCAAGUGGCAUAUAACACUCUUAUUAGCAGCUGUGUCUCUGACAAGCAUAUAAAUGAAGAUGAUUCAGAACUGCUUUACUUUGAAGUGGUACCACACAGGAACACCAGCUUUUGUGUCUUUUUCCUUCAUCCUGUGAAAGAGAAUUUAGCCUGUGUGAUGAUUGAUGUUAUAACCUCCAGAGAAGUCCACUGUCACCUUCAGUUAAAUCCUCAAGAUCCAGCUCUAAGUUGUAGUGAUGAUUUCAUAGCAAGAGCUGUGAAGAGACGCUGCUCCUUGUGGAGGAGGAAAGCGAGGGCCCUGGGACACAACGGGCUGGAGUCCCCCAGGCGCACCCCGCCGUCCCCACAUCCUGCCCAGACCUCAGCGGAACUCACAGGCCCCGGCCAGGCCCCGACCCGCCAUUUCACGGCCGAGCAGGUGCCCAGAUCCCCAGAAGCGGCCGCGCUGCGAGGAGCCUUCCUUCUCCCCUGCCCGGCGGCAGAUGCAGCCCUCCCUUCGCCUAGCCUCUCCGCGCCGCUCACGCAGGCCCCGCCGGCCGCCUGGCCGCUUACCUCGGUCCCUCACCGCGGCCGCCAGGACACCCCGCCACUCCUCGCGUGCAGACAUCUUGACUGA